CAAAAAUCCUUGUCAAACUUGGCAUUCCCCAGCUUUUCCCCCCAUUCCCCCUCCCUCUCUCGCCAUCCAUUUGCACCCCCAUCAUCACUUGCGCAAAAUUUAUACUCCCAACGCGAGAUCGCGAGAUCGGGAGAGAGAGACGGUGCAUGGUUUGUGGCGCCAGUAGCCGAGAUAAAUAUGGACGUCCUGGUUCACACGGAAGAUGACGAGGAGGAGCAGCAGCAGCAGCAGCAGCUGGAGGAGGAGAAGCGCUACGGCGGCGGAAGCGGCAGGGGAUCGAGGUUCAGGGCGCGGCGGCAGAGGCGGAGGGCGGGCGGGGGCAGCCACCAGCAGCUGCUGCUCAUGGACUGCGUCGGCAGCGGGAAGGAGGGCGGGGCGUCGUCGGAGGAGACGGUGCCGCUGCCGGAGUACGAGCGGCUGUCGCAGUCGGCGCGGCUCCCCGACGACGCGGACCCGCUGAUGAAGAGCGACGCCCCGGCGCCGCCCGCGGAGAAGCUGCCGCAGCCGCAGACGCCGACGCCGACGGGGACGCCGAAGCUGCAGGCGGCGGAGCGGAAGGCGCAGAAGCCGGCCAAGGAGCCCCCGUCCCCGCCGCGGUCGCAGCAGCCGAAGCCGGCGGCGUGGAGGCUCAUCGAGUACGUGCGGUCCAGGAACAAGUCCGGCGGCGGAGGAGGCGGCGGCGGCGUGGCCGCCGGGUGCAGCUCCUCCGACGGCGACUCCAAGAGCUCCGACGGCGAGAAGGAGGCCGAGGUCGACGGCGAGGACGGCGGCGGCAGCAAGGACAAGAAGGACAAGAAGAAGAAGCGCUCGUCGUGGCUCCCCGAUCCCGACCGCCGGUGGCCGGUGCAGGGCUUCUACUAGCUCGCCGUUGCACGCCAUGGCUCUCACCGUCCCGUCGGCUCGUCGUCGCCGCAGCUCGUCGCACAUGUGUACAAUUCGGUGCUAGAAUUCAUGGCGUGUCACUCGUGUCUUCCUCUUCUUCGUUCCAAUUUUUCUUCCAUUUUUUUCUUUCUUUCUGUUUUUUCUCCUCCUCCUUUGUGUAAUGUCGAUGUGAAGGAAGACGACGAGAUAAAAUCUCUCAAAUUUGGCUUGCUUUUGGCCACUUGUAUUUUGGGUUGGGCUAAGUAUCAACCUUCCCAACGUAAUGUACUGUAAUAAUGUAGAAAACGUGUCCUUGGCGAGUGAAAGAUGAGAGCGUCUUAAAUCUUUAAUCUCCUUUUAGAUUAAAA